AUGCCAAGCGGGACGCACCCGCGCCAGCUGGGGUGCCAGACGUACGCCGACCCGAAGGCCGCGAAGGCCGCCGCCCGCGCUCCCCGCGCGCCAGCAGUGGGUGCACCAGCCGCGGGUCAGCCUGACGGCGCGCGGCGAGGCCCGCCCGCUGCGACCGCGGCCAAGUCCAAGGCCGCGCCGGCUGCGGUGUCUGCUGCCCUGGUGCUCGCGAGCGGCGGUGGUCCGGACGGUGAUGGUGAUGCCCUGUUCGAGGCGUCGGCGCCGCUGCCAGCUAGGCUGGCGGCUGCCGCCGAUGAUGCUGCCCAGCUCGCCUGCGCGACGGCGCUGGUGCAGCUCGGAGUGGAGCCAGCAGCUGUGGUGGCGCGGGUGCAGGCGGCCACGGGGGCAGCAGCCGGCGCAGGUGUCGACGGCACAAGCGGCGCCCCCGCAUCCAGCCCAUCACUGCAGCCAGCGUGCGACGGUGCGUCGCAUGGCGGCGACGGUGCGGACGCCAGCGCUGGCGUGGACCUUGCGGGGCCACGUGGCGAUGCUGCAGCGGCAGGCGAGCACAGUGGAGGCGUUGCCUCUGGCGCCGCAUCCCCAGCCCGAUCGCGCCAGGGCUCUGCCUGCGAGGCGCUGGCCAGUCUGGCCAGCGGGUCGGUGCCGCCGACGUCCGAGCCGCCAGCGCCGCCCAGCCUGGCGCCCGAGCAGCAGCGGCUCGCGGCCCCAGCCGACCUGCCGGCGCCGCUGGCCGGGCUGCCCACGUCACCCGCCCCGGUCGCGUUUGGCGAGCUGGCGUCGGCGGCGCUCCAGCAGCCCUGCGACUUGGCAUCGGCGGCGCCAGUGCAGCGCUCCGAUGAUGCAGCUGCUGCGGGUGCGUGCGCGGCGCCAGCCGCGGCUGCGGCGAUCGCCAAGCCCGUCGUCAGGAACGCCGCUGACAUGUUCAGCUGGGCGCACGACUCUCUCCGCGCCCUUGCAUCGGAGCUUGGCAGCGGGGUGCUGUGCGACCUCCGCCGCGCCAUCCACGCCACGACGUACGCGACUGCCUUCUCAGGUAUCGACGCCCCCGGUACAUCGGCGGCAGUGCUCACGGCAACGCUCGAGGACAUGCUUGGCGGCCCUAUCCAGCCCAUGCGCCAUCUGGCGUCGGUGGAGAUCCCAGCAGACGCCAACAGGGAGCUCGCCCGCCAGCCGCACAGCCGCCCCGAGCACAUGUACCAUGACAUCAUGGACUUCUGGGUGCCCGACGUCGCCGCUACAAUUUCACGAUUGGUUAACGCUGGCCGCGCCGUGACGCUCGACGACUUGAGGCCCAUCGUCAAGCGUGGCGGGGCAGUGCGCUCGUUCGCCUGGUGUGCGAGGUGCAAGGCUCACUGUCACCACCUGACGGGGAAAGUCCACUGGGCUGGGGCCCCGUGCCCAGACUGGGCGCCGAUCGGCACCAACGACCGCGAGGCGGGCAAGACCUCGUGCCUGCUCGCAGCGUGGGUGGCCAUGCGCCUCCUGCUGCAAGAAGCGGUGGUGAUCCAUGAGAACUCGCACCAGUUUGAGCUCGGGGUGCUGACCGACAUGCUCGGGCACAUGUAUGUAGUGUCGAGUGUGAUCAUCGAACCAGCCGAGCUCGGCUGGCCUGUCCGGCGCAUGCGCCGCUUCAUGAUCCUUUUGCACAAGACGUUCGUUAUGGACGUGCGGUGCAGCUUUGCCAACCUCGUGCCCUUGUUUCAUCGCACGCUUCGGUGCACGCUGGGGGCGUUCGUCAUGGCCACGCCGGACGAGCUCCUCAUGUCGGAGUUGGAGUGGGCUCGCAGUCGGCCUGGCAGCAUGCGCUACAAAGUGCCCGUGACGCUCGCAGACGUCGAGCCUGGCAGCGAGGCGUUCGUGCAGAGUCUGACCCAGUGGGAGCUGGCUCAGCUCGAAGGGUACCAGAAGAGUACCGUGCCAGGCUGCUGCCACAACCUGGGCCAGAGCUAUCAAGACGGCCGAGGCUGGUCCAGCGCGCCCCAUUUCCUCAGCACCGUGAUCCGCAACCCGCAGCUGAUCUUUUACGAUGCGAUCAAGCGCUGGCUCACGCCGCGUGAGCUUUUGGCCACGCAGGGGUAUCCAGUGCUGCAGCACUUAGCAACGCCUCGUUCUAAUGGGUGUCGUAGCCUGUGCUCGUUUAACUUCGAGCGCGCGGGGCGCACGCGCCAUGGCAUCAUGAUGCAGGCAGGGAAUACGAUGCACUUGCACGUCUGUGGAGUGCACUGGCUGUACGUGCCCACGCGGGUCCAGCGGGGCGACCAGCUUGUUUGGGCCCCAGACGCCUGGGACACCGCAUAG